UGCGUCAAUUUUUGCGUCUUUAUUUUAUGUAUUUUUUUCAUCUGUCGAGAAAAGUUUUUAUUUAAUGUUAAUUAAAUACUGUUAUGAGUCAAAGUAAUCAAUAAUAGAUGUGUAACAAUAUAAAAACCUCGAAUCAAAUCGGAGAGUUUGAAAGAAGAGAAUACAUCUCUCUGUCAGCUUUGGAAUAUUAAAAUUGAUCAGGAUAUAUUCAAUACGAUAAGAAGGAAGUUUCCAAGUUGGUUUAAACCUAAAAUAGUUCAACAGAAGCAAAGAAAAAAAUAUAAAUCACCUUGCCAGACGAAUCUAAAACAGUUUUAUAUGUCGGAAGCGCCUCCAUCAGAAAACAACAAUAUGGAUCAAAAUCAACAAAGAACAUCACCACCGAAAGCUAUUGUUGAUUCAAGUCCUCUUCAGUCAGCAAUGGACAAAAAUAGAGAAUCUUUGAAGGUGAAACUUUUAGUUAGAAGAUCAGCAAAUCAACUUGUUGAACAAGGAAUUUUGCCUCCUUUGAAAACAUCACCAGCAAUACAUGAACAGAAAAAGCUUCUUGAAAGAGCAAAAACCGGAGAUCUCCUUAAAGCUAAAAUACAACAAAGACCAGCGAGAGAAGAGUUAGAAAGACGACACAUAUUGGAGAGUCAUGAAGGUCAUGUUGAUCCAAGUUUAGCUGAUAAAUAUCGAAUGUUGGAGAAAGCAAUUCUUGUUGAUCAACUGAAUUCAAAGAUUUCUCAUCGACCUGGUCCGAUUGACCUCAUAGAGAAGAAUAUUUUACAUGCAAAUGAGCCAAUUGAACGAAUAGUCAAAGAAGGUUUAUUCAAAGUGUCAGGAGGUCAAGAUACGAAUGCAGAGAAGAAUUUCUUAUCAUUCGAAGAUGAUUCACAAAGUUCAGAAAGCGAUGUUUUUCAACAAUCGUCAUCGCAAUCACAGAAUGACGUAAUUUUUACUAACAACUUAGUUCCUGAUCUAUGUAAGAGUAAAGAUAUCAAUGUAAGCUCUCAGGAUAAUAACAAUCCCAUAUUUGAAUCAUUACCAUCAACAACAGCAACAACAUCAACAGCAGCAACUUCGAAAGGAGUCAUCAACAUAAGUUUAGUUCCAACAAAUAAUAUUUUAACGACAACAUCAACUCCGAUCUCGGUGGCAACAUUUAAAAUUCAACAUUCAGGUGGUGAGAAAGGAGAAUUAUCAACAAUAAGUAUACCUCCACCACCACCCCCGCCAAAGCUCAUCACUUAUCAUGUGAAGCCAAUUCUUCAAACAGAAGUUAAAGGAAUUAUCAACACACAAAACUUUAUUCCGCUUCAAAUUGCAGAUGCCACAACAGCCAGCACAGUUAAUGUAAUUCCUGCUUUAGUUCCAUCACAAGUCACGAAUGUUGUUAAUCAUCAACAAAUGCCAACAUUCACCAACAACAAUCAAAAAUUCUCAGCACCAGGUAAAGAGAAAAAUAGAAAAAAGUGUAAGAACAAAGCAGUGUCGAAAGCUCGUGCGAUUAAAUUUCAUGAGUAUAAAGGGCCACCGAAUAAAAGCAGCGCAUCGUCAUCAUCAGCAUCAAUCGCUGCAAAUAAGAAGCUUGGAGAAACAAACUAUGAAUUAAUAAUGCAGCAGCAGUGUCUGUUGGAAUAUCUAGAAGGAAUCUAUAAGAAUCCAAAUGCACAAUCUCACGUUGCCAAAACAGAAAUUUCAGAAAUGUCGUCAAAGGAUGCAAACAAGGUUUGCAAAAUGGACAAAACCUCGGAAUAUUCUGUCGAGAAAGUUAAGACUAUCAAUAAACCUCAUGUCACGAUCUUUCCAUCGAAGCCGUCAGUGCAACAGACCUCAACUUCACUUAAUAAUAUUAACAAUAAUAAUAACAAUAUUGUGAUGGAAUCAUCUAAAGAUGCAAUUGUUACCGAUGUCGGGAAGUUAUCAAAAAUGAAAGUGUCAGAGCUGAAAGCUUAUUUGAAGCGUGUAAACUUGCCGGUAUCUGGUCCGAAGCCUCUUUUGAUUGAACGUCUCAAGCCUUAUUUACCACUUAAACCUUUAGAAGACAAUAGUGAUGAUACUUCAAUCAGUUCGAAUGUCAUGUCAGAAGGAAAUGACUUUUACAAUGCUUCCCUACCUUCAGUUUCAUCAACUGAAUCAGAAAUGGAUAACAUGGACGGACAAUCGCAAAAUUUCAUGACCAAAGUGUGUAGUCAAGGAUCGUUAACAUCAAUGGAUGAAGAUAUUGUCGCAGAGCAGCAGAGGAAAAUUGAAGAAUUGCAAAGGAAACUUCAACAAAGUCAACAUGAGUUGGAGAAAAUGAAACAAACGAAAAGUGUUGAAGCGCCCAGUCAAUCGAGCAUCGUCUUCGAUCCGCAAUUCCAUGUCACGAAUCCUAUUCCAACAGUGUUUCUUGUAGAUGUGUCAAAAGCAACUCCUGUUCAAGAAGAUAUUCAUGAAGAAGUUGGAUUGCCGUCGCCGUUUGAAACUCAACCGUCCAAUCAACAACAACAACAAGUUACACCAUCAAAAAUCUCAAUUAUAAAGAUGGAAAACCAAGAUGUUUUGGUAACAGAUCAAAGUGAUCCACUUUCGAAGCCAACCAAUGUAGAAGUGACAGAAACGAGUACUACGACACCAAUCCCAAUGUCACAAGAUAUCACAGAUGUCUUAGAAAUUCUUCUCAAGAAUGGAGAAUGGCCGGAAAUGUCAGAAGAUGUGAAACAUCUUGCAAAUAAUUUCAUUCAUUCAAAUGAUAAUUCAAACUUCUCUAAUAAUAUUUCAACUGCUAAACAAUUUAAUGACAACACAUUAGCAAGUCAUAAUCAUUUUAAUAUUUUAUCUCCUAUGAAUAUUAAUGAGAAUCCAGUGUCACCAAUUCUUCAAGUUACUGAAGAAUCAAUUGAUAAAAUGUUGGAAGCGGUUUCUCCUUCAAGUGGAAGAUUUUCUGGUACAUACAAUCAAGCGUUUCCAAUGGAUAUUGAAGAUGACACAACGGCGGCACUUGUCAAUGGUGACUUCAAUCAUAAUGCGUUUCAAAACUCAGGAUUUCCUGGAAAUUCAUAUCAGAAUAUGCAAACAACUUACGAUGAACAACAAAGAAGCUCCAACAGUGAGCCGAAAAUGGAGAAUUGUGAUAAUAAAUAUAGCGAAUAUAUGAAGAAUGUUAAACCCAAUGAGAGUAAUUUGAUCACAGAGAAGAGUCCAAGAUCACAGAAAAAUGGACUAAUAGGCAAUUUCGAUCACAAUUUGUUUGAUGCUUUGAAGAGCAGCAAUCUUAACAAUAAUAACAACAAUAUCAAUAGUAAUAGUAACAUCAACAACAAUAACAACAUCAACAACUGUAACAGUGUCAUGAAUGAACUCUUCUCACUUCCACACGAAGGAAAAUAUGCUAAAGAUGAUAGCAAAAGCUUAAUUAACAGUUUAAACUUUUCGAAUAAUUUUGAUUUGUUUAGUACGGGAAUUGACAACACAGCGAUGGAUUUUGAGAGCAUCAUUCCUUAUAAUGAUCUUCAAUCGCAUGAUUCAUUGUUUCAAAUAUCUGCUUUUGAUAGUGGACGAGGAACGAGCUUGAAUGAUCCCAGUGGUAGUUUACUGUUUAAUGACAUCAUUGAGACAGAUACGAGAAUGUCAAAUGGCGAUGGAAUGACCUGUGAAGUUGACAACUUAUUAUGCAACUUAUAGUUAGGGAACAAACAGAUUUUUAAUUUAAAAUAUUUUAUGUGCCUUUUUGGGUAUUUAAAGCAAAUUCAUCUCAUUUCUCUUUUUCUACAUAAUUAUUCAGAGUUUGUACUACUAAGAAAUAUAAAACUUAGUUUUGUUUUCUUUAUUUUUCGGACAUGUACCUUAAAAUUAUUUUGGAAUUUUCUCUUGUGUUACAUUUAUUUGAAUUUCAAUUUAUUAAAAAAAGAAAAGAAAAACACGUAAAAAUAACAUCAAAAUUUCCAUAUAAUUUCAUUAAAAUAUAAGUUUUCGUAUUAAUAUAGACUUUAAGCAUAACAACAAGAUUAAUUUUUGCAUUAUUUAGUCAAGACUACUUAUCUAUGCUUAAGUAAGUGGCGUCAGGAAUAAGAAGCAAAAACACAAAAAACUGUCCAUUUAAAAUAAUCAGAAAGACGAUGGAAGGCUUUUAAUAUCAUGUUUCUAUCUCUCUUCAUUACUAGAUUAUUAUCAGAAUAUCUUUAGAGCUUUUAAGGAUAGUUUUCAUGAAGAAUUGUGAAACUGUUCAGUGAAAUUUCAAACAUACUGCUUAAUGAUUGAAAUAAAAUGGAAAAUUGAACUAAUAAACAAAUUUUUCUAAUAUUUUAUCAAUUUCCCAAUAAGAAUCAAACUAAAAGAUUUAAAUCUGCAAGAUGAUUUCAA